AUGCUCCUUCGAACACUUACCUCGGAGCAAAUCGAAGUGGUUCAAGAAAUAAUUAAUGAAAAUUUUGAGGGUAUCCUUGACGAUGAGCAAAUUCCCGAAGCUCUGGAGCUUACAUUGGAAGUAAUAGGAGAUAUGAUAAAUAAUAAUGAUGAGGAAGUGUCUAUUUUAUACUUACCAUCUUAUAUCCAAGUGACCCCAACUGUGAAAAGAAAAAAUCCGCCCCUUGCACCUCCAGUAGUUCCAAGCCCGGAAGUUCCCUCAACACAGACCCAGUACAAAAAAGAACCUACCCCUAAAAAUUUCGAUUACGUCCUUGAUAAACCUGUAAAAAGUGCGAAGCCAUUAUUCAGAAAUGAUGUGGUUCUUGGAUCUUGUCGCCAAAAUGAACUCGGUUUUGAAAAGAAAGAACAAAAGAGAUAUAAGGAUUGUACUAAAAAGAAUAAGAGAGUGCUUCCUUGUGGACGACCGAUAGCUGCCUCAAUGAAUC